AUGCCAGUUGAAGAAUUAGAAGAUCGUGUUAUAAUCAUUGAUCCAACUGAUUCAACUAAUAAAGCAACCAUUCUUAAAUAUGGUGCCACCAUUAUCUCUUGGGAAAAUCAAUCACAAGAAAAAUUAUGGGUAUCAUCAGGUGCUUCAUUAGAUGGUAGUAAACCAGUUAGAGGUGGUAUUCCAUUAGUAUUUCCAAUAUUUGGAAAACAAAAAUCAUCAACUCAUCCAACUUUUAAAUUACCCCAACAUGGAUUUGUAAGAAAUUCAAAUUGGGAAUUUUUAGGUCAAGUAUCGGAAAAUCCAAUUACUGUACAAUUUGGUUUAGGUCCUGAAAAUAUUGAUCCAAAUAGUUUAAAAUUAUGGGGUGAUGGUAAUUAUGAUUUUACUUUAAUUUUAACCAUUAGUUUAUCAAAAGAUAAAUUAAUUACUUCAAUUGAUGUUGAAAAUAAUGGUAAUGAAUCAUUUGAAUUCAAUUGGUUAUUUCAUACAUAUUUCAAAAUUCCGGAUAUUACUGAUACUUUAGUUAAUAAUUUAAUUGAUCAACAAUGUUUUGAUCAACUUUUAAAUGAACAAUAUAUUGAAAAAGCACCCGCAAUUUCAUUUCAUGAAGAAUUUGAUCGAAUUUAUAAAAAUGUUCAUUUUGAUAAAAUUAUUCAAAUUAUUGAAUUAGGAAAAGUAUUAUUUAAUAUUACUAGGAAGAAUUUACCGGAUGCAGUGGUUUGGAAUCCUUGGAUUAAGAAAUCGGGUGGAAUGGCCGAUUUUAAACCAAAAGACGGUUGGAAGAAUAUGUUAUGUGUUGAACCUGGUAAUGUUGGAUCAAUGAUUGAAUUAAGAUCAGGGGAGAAAUGGUCGGGAGCUCAAGAAUUAACUAUUGGUGGAGAAAUUAAAAUACAAGCAAACAUUUAUUAA